CAGAUGCGGUUGCCAUGGAGAUCCCUGGCACUAUGUUGCACAGCCCCUGUGAGGCGGGCAUCAUCAUCAGUUCCCGAGGGCAUCCAGAGCUUUGUGCCCGCCAGCAGCACCAUCGAUGCCCACGCCCUGGAGCAGCUACAGGCCUUCUUGUCCCGCGCCACGCGCCUCUUCGUCAUCACUGGGGCGGGGCUCUCUACAGAGUCUGGCAUCCCAGACUACCGCUCAGAGGGGGUGGGUCUCUACGCCCGCACAGACAGGCGACCUAUGCAAUAUGCAGAGUUUAUACGCAGCGCUAAGUCUCGUCAGCGCUAUUGGGCUAGGAACUAUGUGGGCUGGCCACAGUUCUCUUCUCAUCAGCCGAACUCUGCACACCUGGCUCUGCAGCAGUGGGAGGAACAGGGGAAGGUACACUGGCUGGUAACUCAGAAUGUGGACGCGCUUCAUUCCAAGGCAGGCCACCAAGGACUGACUGAACUGCACGGCUGCGCACACAGGUAGGAAGGCAGAAAUGUACUGUCUGUCACACACACACAAUACAUACUGACUUCUUCUUCAAGGACAUUGGCUCAGAGCAACAAUCUUUUUACCUUUGUGUGUGUCCCUCUCAGGGUGUUGUGUCUGGGCUGUGGUGCCGUGUCUCCAAGGGAGGACCUCCAGAAGCGGUUCAAAGCACUGAACCCUGGCUGGGGCGUACAGGCAGGCGGUGUGGCUCCCGAUGGGGAUGUCUUCAUUGAGGACGAGCAGGUCCUCCACUUCAGAGUGCCUUCGUGUAAGGAUUGUGGGGGCAUAUUGAAGCCAGAGGUGACAUUCUUUGGGGACACAGUGAUCCGAAGGACGGUGCAGUUUGUACAUGAGAGACUAGCUGAGUCCGAUGCGGUUCUUGUCGCUGGAUCUUCUUUGCAGGUGGGCAUGAGAAUGGUCAGGUGUUAUAAUUAUUCAGGACCUACCAUACAUUUUUACCUCUAAAAGUGAUAGUGUUGCUGUGUUGUUGACAUAAUCAACUGUUUUUCGCAGGUGUUAUUCAUACUUAUAAAACAUGUCCCUGUGACAGAGUGAACCGUAACACAAAGGAAACAACUCUACAGCCUUACAAUAUGUCAAAGUUUCACAUCCAUUUGUCUUUUUCCAGGUGUAUUCUGGGUACAGAUUCCUACUGGCAGCAGCUGACCAGAAGAUCCCAGUAGCCAUCUUGAACAUUGGGUCUACCAGGGCCGACCACCUGGCAGAGUUCAGAGUCAGUGCUCGUUGUGGGGAGGUACUGUCUGUCAUUCAGCCUCACUGACUACAAAGACAGACGGAAGGCCUCACUAGGACUUCAGUCACUGAUCCACAGACACCGUGUUGUAUUGUUUUGAGAACUAUUCAAUGGGCUCUACUAUUCUACCUUUUGGUCAACCUGGCAGCAAUGCAAUCAGCUUCAGGUGAUGGACACUACUACUAACCCAGAGUCAUGUGUUAUGGGCUUGUACAUGUACAGUGCCUUUAGAAAGUAUUCAAAUCCUUCAACUUCUUCCACAUUUUGUUGUGUU